AUGAUACUUCGUUCAUAUAUCAACUGGUCUGAAGGCAAUGACUACAUCGGUGUAGAAGUUGCGUUCCCGGGCGGUUCUACCUGGAAAAUGGAGAGAAAGAUCAGGAAAGUCGAAGUCCUGCACACUCAAGAUGACUAUGAGGAAUUGAAUUCCCUUAUCAAGAUUCAAAUCCAAAUUCCGUUAUACAAAACCGCUACCCAGGGGCCUUCGGAACACGCCAAGCAGGCAGACCCUGAUAUCCCCCACCUAGCUAGUAACGAGAUAGAAGCUCUCACUAUCCUGACUCAGGCAAAAUGCUCAAGCUCUCCAUAUUUGAUUGACUCAAUGAAUCGACAGCAGACAGAUGGAUGGGUGCCUGGGGGCUAUAUUCAUUAUAUCGUGAUGGAGAUGCUCCCGGGUGUAACUGUGUGCGACUGA